GAUUUUCCUUAUUGUAGUGCAAAUAACAGCGAGCUGGGUAUUCCCUCUGGAAUUUACAAUAUAAUGUGGACCCGGGUAAGGUCUAUAAAAAAAAUAUUGCAAGAUUUUUCAAUGACUUGCGAAGAAUGAGUAAUAUCAAUCGUGAUAUCAUAGGACUUCAUUGUUUGCAUCAUUAAUUCAGUGAUUAUUGCCAUCUUCAAUUAAUUUCUUCGUGUGUUUUUUAAGAACGAUGUUAUUACGUUGUGCGGCGUUAUUUUUGUUUCUAAAUGUUGUGAGGACAUCUGAGGUUGCUGGUUUGAGUAAGGAUUUUGUUAGUGAUGUUAACGCGAGAUACUCAUUAUGGCCGUCGAUUCACCAUGGAAUUAGAUUGAUGACGAUACGUAAGCGCGAGGUGGAAGCGCAAACAACACUCAAGCCUGAAGUACCCUCUGGCCAAGCUCAUGUUAAUUCAGAAAUUGGAAUCCAAGGCCCUAGUGAAGGGCAAUCUGCUGCCCAGAGCGAAACUAAGAUGAAUGUGACUCCUGUUCUGUCCGCUCAGUCUACUGAUAAGCCUCAGUCUCCUGAUAUUGUCUCCGAAUCGUCUCUGUUGGUUAAACCUCAUGUGUCUCCAAGUAAUGUAACCGAAAAUGGUAAGGAUGGAGGAAAACUGCCAAUUUUGGAUAACAAAACAGUGCACAAACCUGAUAAAGCAAACACAACAAGUCAUAAUUCAACUAGUAUAGUUGAUGAUAAAACAAAAGUACAUAACACAACCGCUACAGAACCACCUAAAAUCAACCUAAGUGACCCUGGAGUUGUGAAAAGGGCUGCUAUAGUGUUUGGUGGAUUUGCGCUGCUGGCAACUGCUUACUACUUCAUAAUAUACAGGAAAAAAGCCAACACCAGUGAUGCUAAAAACAUACACAGCUCAAUUGAUCCAAAUCAAUUCCGCUAUGGCGUUCUCCAAUCGGAAGACAACAGAAGUAACAUGGAGUUAUCCAGGGUGCCGCUAACAAUGGAAUCAGACGAGGAUGAUGAUGAAGACUUGGAAAUAUUUGACUUAGGGCAAAAGAAAAAGUCACUAUCAUAUAUCAACUUAGAACAACAUGAUGAAGAUAUUGUCUUAAAUGACUCAAGAAGUAUAGAUAUGGAGAAUCUUCUUGUAGACAUUGAUGACACAAACACGGACACUCUGAUUAACUGGUCUGGGAAUGGUAGUAAGUCGGUAUUAUAAUAGCAUGCUCUGAAAAAAAUAUUUUAUUUUUUUAUUGAUUAAUUCAUGUAAAAUAUGUGUAAAAUCUUUAGAAAAUGUUACUGGGAAUUAAUAGACCGCGGGCCAGGAGCAUAUGUCGUCAGUCAUCGCCUCCCCGCUGAUAUUUUGUCAGGUGAUAGCUAUAGAUGCUGUAUUAAAUUUAAAAAAAACCGUCAGCCGGUCUAUCGCGGUGGAAAGACUAGAGCUAUUCACAUGCACAUGUAAAAAAAAUACGCGCCUUACCACUUUAUGUCCGCAAAGUAUGCGUAAUGUGUAAAUUGCGCCAUCCGUUUAUUUGAAACGCCUGAUGGAAUGCUACAUGCAAAGUUUCAUGAGUUUGUUAUUGUGAUAAAAAGGUAAAGCGCUUAUUUUCAGCCGACCCUAUCACUAUCCGUCCGUCUGUCACCAGGCUAUAUCUCAUGAACCGUGAUAGCUAGACAGUUGAAAUUUUCACAGAUGAUGUAUUUCUGUUGCCGUUAUAACAACAAAUACUAAAAACAGAAUAAAAUAAAUAUUUAAGGGGGCUCCCAUACAAUCAACAUAAUUAUUUUGCCGUUUUUAUAAAUAAUGGUACGGAACCCUUCGUGCGCGAGUCCGACUCACACUUGGCCGGUUUUUUUUAAAUAUUCCAGCGGUCAGCUGACGUUCUUAGCACCGCGAUAUAAUCGGCUGACGAUUUUUUUAAUUAACAAUAGCAUCUCUAAAUUUCAAUUUUUUUUUAAUGUGUUAUGGUCGCUGCCAUUCCUCAACCCACCAACGGAGCGGCAGCUGACGUCCACGAGGGUUCAUCAUACAUAGCCGUUAACCACUAUACGAGUUUUCGCCCGGGAGGCGAUUGGUCAUGGAAAUCUGUUCCUGGCUCGCGGUCUAAAAUUCCAUACAGGGACAAAGGCAAAUUUUAUAUGAAUCAUCACGAAACAUGUUGCAUUUAAGAUGAUCUUAUUGAUAAAUCGUUUAUAGUUGUAAUUAUACAGGAUAUAACUAUAUAUCUAAUUAGUAA